AUGGACGAAAAUACCCUUCCACGGCGCAAUGCCUCAGUGUCGAACUCGGGGCCAUCCGCGGGCCAACCUACCCAGAAUCAACCAUCUCGGAGAAGAAAGAACCACAGAGCGGGCAAGAAGAAGAAGAGCAGAAGAAAGUCGUUCGGCGUAACCUCAGAGGAUAUGGCCCAGGAAAGCAUGAAUGACGAGGUCCUCGCGGAAGCCAGAAACGGCUUCUAUUCGCGGCCCGGAAACAACUUUAGUAACACGAGCAUUGAUAGCGAGGCGCUUUUAGAUCACAGAGAACAACAACCAUUCCUACGACCCAGACGGCCAUCGAUGUUAGUGACGCAAAGUUCGCAUUUGACAACACCACAGGUCGCGAGCAGGCUUAAAACAGUGGUGGCCAGCAGCAACAACAGCGAAGACGAAAAUGAAGGAGCACCCCUUCUCUCCAGUUCCGUAUUCCAGAGAAGCGGGGGCUAUUCGGGUUACGGUUCUAACGACACCGCACGGAGAGCCUCACUCGCCAGCCGUCGUGAAUCGAGCAGGGACAGCAGUAAGAAGAGGCGGGUCACAUCACUUGGCGCAACCGGCACAGAAGGCUAUAAUGUCAACUAUCCUCCAUCAGUACCUGGAAGCCCUCUCAUGCGCGCGACCGACCGCGAUAUGAGCAUGAGCUUCGGUGACAUUAUGCUGCGGGAUGACAUCGACUCCAUGCCGCAUUCCCCGGGCAGGCGAACACUCAACGAAGAGAGCAACUUGGGAGGGUCCUUGGAACGACGAAAUACAAUUGCACUACAAGCCGAGGAGGACGUAUGCUUUCCCCAGGAUGGCCUCUCUGAAAUUGCUGACGAGGAUCUUCGGACUCGUGAUCCCACCGCAUAUCGCAUGAAGAGGAGACGGCGCGGCAAAUGGCCGGAUCUCGCUAUUUUGGAGGAAUGGAGCAGAUAUGAGAAAGAGGGCCGAAGUGAGGAGCGUCGAGCAAAGAAGAUCACGGAGCCUCAGUUGAUUAACGGACGGCUAAGGCCAGUCCACCGUGGCUGGUACCGGGCCCAGGAGGAUGCGCCUUAUCGCUUCACGUACUUCAAUGAAGAGUUCCAGAGUACUAUUCACAGCCAGACGAUCUCAGAAUUGGUUCAGCCAGGAGGCUCUUUCAAGGAGCUAUUCAUCCCUGAUCCGCCACUACUUUCAGAUUCCUCUGAUGACGAAGACGACGACGAAGAUCAGCAUCAUGUCGGUCUGGAUGAAGUGUUGGGAGGUCAAAACGGUGACCCAAGGAUUCCAAGCCGCCAGCCAUCGCUUGCUACUACAACCCAAGGCUACUUCGAUGCUCGAAGGGAUCGUGCAUCGAACGCCGGAACAACAGCCACCGAGUCAAAGCGUACAUCAGGAGAGCAUACGCCAACAGACGCCAAGUCUCCAGAACGUUCCAAGUCGCCACCAACCGAAAAGACAAGCAAACCACCUAAAUACGGAGAUAGGCCAGUGUGGUGGCUGGAUAUCUAUAGCCCAACCGAACAAGAGAUGAAGAUCAUCUCCAAAGCGUUUGGCAUUCAUCCGCUCACAGCUGAAGAUAUCAUGGUCCAAGAAGCCCGCGAGAAGGUCGAACUUUUCCGUCACUAUUACUUCGUAAACUACCGCUCCUUUGACCAGGACUCAACCAGUGACAACUUCUUGGAGCCCGUCAACAUGUACGUGGUCGUGUUCCGCGAGGGCGUCCUAAGCUUCCACUUCUCCCUAACACCGCACCCGGCCAACGUGCGUCGCCGUAUCCGUCAGCUGCGCGACUAUCUCAUCCUCUCGUCGGAUUGGAUAUCGUACGCCAUUAUCGACGAUAUCACCGAUGUUUUCGGUCCCCUGAUUCAGAACAUCGAGGAUGAAGUCGACGAUAUCGACGAUGCCAUUUUGAGAUUGCACUCGGAGGACGACGACCCGAAUUCGUCAACGGAUAAUCUCAGAGAGAAGUCAGACGCCGGCGACGCAACAUCGGCGGAAUCUGGACGCGACAUGCUCAGGCGCGUGGGCGACUGCCGCAAAAAGGUCAUGUCGCUCUACAGGCUGCUCGGCAACAAGGCCGACGUCAUCAAGGGGUUCGCAAAGCGCUGCAACGAGCACUGGGAGGUGGCGCCUCGCUCGGAGAUUGGCCUGUACUUGGGCGACAUUCAGGAUCAUAUUGUGACCAUGACUUCGAACCUGAGUCACUAUGAGAAAAUCCUGGCACGGUCCCACGCCAACUACCUGGCGCAAAUCAACAUCCGCAUGAACGAGCGACAAGAGCAGACAGCCGACGUGCUCGGCAAGCUCACCGUCUUGGGCACUAUUGUGCUUCCCAUGAACAUCGUCACCGGCCUCUGGGGUAUGAACGUCUGGGUGCCCGGACAGGGGAACGACGGGGACCUGAAGUGGUUCAUAGCUAUUACAGCGGGGUUGUUGUUCUUUGGAUUUGGUUGCUAUCUCAUUGCGAAGCGGGUUUACAAGAUUGUGUAA